GGAGUGCUCCUGAACGUGGAUCGUGUGGCAGAGCAGCUGGAGGAGAUGGGUUAUCAGGGGAUUCAGGUUCGAGGCUUGGCAGACUCUGGCUGGUUCCUGGACAAUAAACAGUACCGCAGGACCGACUGCAUUGACACCAUAACGUGCGCCCCGACAGAAGCCAUCCGGAGAGGAAUCAGGUACUGGAAUGGCGUCGUCCCGGAACGCUGCAGGCUGCAGUUCAAAGAGGGAGAGGAGUGGAAUUGCUUUUUCGGAUAUAAGAUUUACCCCACGCUUCGAUGCCCCGUCUUCGUUGUGCAGUGGCUCUUCGACGAGGCCCAGCUCACUGUGGACAACGUCCACCUCACCGGGCAGCCUGUUCAGGAGGGGCAGUGGCUCUACAUCCAGAAUCUGGGCAGGGAGCUGAGGAACACCCUGAAGGAUGUGAC